AAAUGGCUGUUCUUUUCGUAUUCAAUGGUCCACAGAUAACGAGAUGGCCAACACCAUGUCCUCAUGGCGAGUCUUAUGAGACCUUAUCUAAUGAAUCAAGACUCCAUCACCAUCUAGACCAGUGCCAUGGCUUCUGAAGGAGGACAAACCCUGAAGAGCGCGGAAGAUGCCACUCUAGCACAACUCGAAAGCGCAGAAACGGAACUCGAGCUGUUCAAGUUAUCUGGAGACAUAGACGAAGUCCUGUUGGACGCCAGUCUCGAUGAAUACCAGCAGUAUCUCGACCAACUCGACGCCGCCAGUGCCCACCUCGAUACCCUCCUCGCGUCCACCACCGCAACACUCGGUGAACUUUCUUCCAUCUCCGCUUCCUUCAAAUCUGUCAGCGCUCAAACAAAGUCCUUUCAGGCUCAGUCGGCCUCUAUCCUCGAGGAGCAGCGUAAGAGUGAAGUCGUCGCGCAACAAAUCGCCGAGAAUCUGCGCUACUACGAGCCCCUCGAACGAAUUACCCGUCGUCUCAAUGCCCCGCAGGCGGGCAGUUUUGUCGGCACCAAGGACUUUUCUGAUAUGCUGGUGACCCUGGAUGAGUGCAUAGACUACAUGCAGACGCACCCAUCCCACAAGGAAGCGGAAACAUAUAGGUCACGUUACAGGCUCCUCCUUACUCGAGCCUUGACGCUGGUGCGCAAUACAUUUAUGGCGGCGGUGCGGGAGACUACAACCGAAGUUGCCGGCCGCAUCGCAGCGAAGCAACUCAAUGACACGACCAUGUCCGCACUGCUCUACGCCAAAUUUCGGGUGGGUGCGGCCGAGAUGAAGGAACUUGGUCUGGAAAUCCACAAGCGUGCCAACCCACCGGCGGACGCGGAGCCGGGGACAGAAGGGGAAUACCAGAGCCUCAUGAAUGAGUUGCACUCCAGCUUUGCUGCCUGUCGAGGGCGGUUGAUCCUGCCCAUCGUACAGAAACGUCUUGCGGAGACGGCUCAGCUCCCCAGUUCCAAGGACUUGGUACAGUUUGCAAGGGGCAGUAUCGGGUAUGUCCGGGGUAUCUGUCUCGACGAGUUCGAACUAUGGUCAGAGUGGUUCCACGGCUAUCGUGGACUGUACGACUUCCUCGAGUCAAUUUGCGAACCACUGUAUGAUCAUCUUCGGCCUCGUAUCAUCCAUGAGAACAAGCUAUCUAAGCUUUGCUCGCUUGUCACAUUGCUUCAAACACGCUACCUUCACGACGAGGAAGAAGAUGGCCCCACAGACCUGAAUCAACUCGACUUCUCGGCCCUCAUCCAACCGGCACUGGAAGAUGCACAAACCCGCCUUGUCUUCCGCGCGCUGGCGUUUCUCCGAGAAGAAAUCGAGAUGUUCAGACCCAAACCCGAAGACCUCGACUACCCGCGGCUCACCUCCGCUCCGCCCAUGUCAGCCACCGCGCCGCUUUCUGGACGUCGUUCGUCCCGCGACGCGUUGACACCCCUUCCCAAAACCCCCACCGCCAACGAUCUAGAUGAUGAUUCUGGUGAGGAAGGCUCCUUCAGCUGGACCCUCGCCUCCUCGCGUCGGUCUGCGCUGAAACAUUGCUAUCCCACCCUUUCAAGAUCCCUCCGCCUCCUAUCACGCAUCUAUCGGCUGGUAAACUCUUCGGUGUUUGACGAUUUGGCGCACCAGAUUGUGCACCAGACCACCCUGUCUCUCGUCACCGCAUCCCAUCAGAUAUCCACGAAGUCUUCGCCGGUCGACGGACGCCUCUUUCUCCUUAAACACCUGUUACUCUUGAAAUCCCAGAUAGUGGCGUUCGACAUCGAGUACGUCACCCCAGACGUAAGCUUUGACUUUUCGGGCGUAGCCUCUACCUUCUGGGAGAUCCGCGAACGGGGCGGCCUCUUCAACCCCGCAAGCUGGAUGAAACUGUUCAGCUCUGGCGGACUGCUGCCUCGGGUGGUGGAAAACAUGCUGGAUGCCAAAGUCGAACUCGACGGCCAGUUGAGGACGGCGAUCAAUGAGUUCACGGCAGGCUUCGCUGCAGACAUGUGCAAAGACCUUCCUAAGGAUUUGGAGAAGACGGGGCCCAGGAAGGGUGACCGGGAGAGCAUGUUGGCCGAAGCGGUUGAGAAGACACGGAUGAGGAUCGAGAAGGAGAUUCCCAUCCUAAGGGCGAAACUGGAACAGUAUUUGGAUGAUCAUCGCACCAGAGAGACGUUGGUCGCCGCGGUGGAGGACCAGGUCGUGCAAAUUUACGAGGCCUUCUUCGACGCGUACACCUCCCAGUCAGCUGGGAAAGCCGGCACGCACAACGGCAAGGUCAACGGUGCGGCAGCGACGGCGGCAACGCACAUCUCGCGCAAAGGAAAGAGCCCCGAGAAUGCAGUGUGGGAUCUCGAUACGUUUGCCGAAUGGGCCGAAGGGCUCUUUAAUGUUGCGUUACCCAAUGUGGAGGAAGAAGAGGAGCUGGAGGAUGUGGAUGGUGACGGCAGCCAUGUCGCUUCGAGGAGUUUUUCGAGGAGCGGCAGUCUUUAGGCACGGCGGUAGUUCGGGUAUCGAGAUGAGAUGUCCUCGUCCAACGACCAUGUUCUGCGGCUCAAAACUGCUUCUGACGUGUAGCAUCUGGAUGUGGCUUGGGCUGCUGUAUGUAUGAUGACGGCCACGGCCCAUGCUGGAUUUAAUGAUACUUUCCAGUCCCGC